AUGGGGUCGAACAAUUUUGAAGUGAGGCUGAUGCCUGGCCUCACUAUCCGGGAGCCAACUGAGGGCGAGGCUCCCAGGGUUCCUCCGCCACCAGCUAACCCUCCUUCGAAGACUCCUCCACCACCUCCCGAAACCCAAGAGAUGGAGGUGGACCAACGAACUCCUGAUCCGAAGGAGGCGGUUCAGGGGGAGACGCCAAAUGGAGAGAGCGAUGCUAAGCCCUCCGUUGAAAAGGAAGCUGCUAUGGGAGUGGCUGAUGAACCUGUUGCGGUUGAGGAGGCAGAUGAAGCUGCAACAACUGAAGGGUUUGCCGCUGAAAUUCAGCGAGAAACUGACGCUCUCCUGAACCGGCACGAAGUUGAAGAGGAGGUUGAGGUAGUUAACCUAGAAGGAGACCAGCUGGGCUCCAAUGAAGAGGCAAAGGAUCAGACUGUUGAGGUACCUUCCCCCUCACUGCCCUCCUUCCAAACCUUCAGGUUUGAAGAAAUGGGGUUCCAUGCCCCCUUUAUCCCCAUCCCCUCCAGCGUCAGAGAAACUAUCUGGGGAAGGCAUCGGGAGGAGGUUGCGGCCUUCUUUGGUGACUUCUCAGGUCUGUCCGAGGUGGAUCAGGCACGAGAGUGGUCACUUAAGGCCACUGCUCGGAUGGGCGAGCCCAACUGA